AAAAUGAAGCUUAGCAAGGACACCACCUCCACCACAAUCACCACACCUCUCUUCCACCACAUCACCCCUGACGACCUCGACCACAUCUACGACCCCUCUGAGGACACCUUUCUCCUCAUUGACGCCCUCGAGAGUGACCUUGACCUUUUACGCUCCAAAAACCCAACCGUCUGUAUGGAAGUCGGGUCAGGUUCAGGGGUCGUUAUAACUGCCCUGGCGACUGCCCUGGGGUCACAGCGGCUCUACCUGGCGACCGACAUCAACCCUAGGGCAUGCCGUGUGACCCGAGACACUGCGACCUUGAACCGGGUCACCGUACAUGCGAUCAACACAGAUUUGACCAGAGGAAUUCAACCUGGCGGAAUCGACGUCCUAAUCUUCAAUCCGCCUUACGUCGUGACCCCUUCGGAUGAGGUCGGGAGCGGUGACCUCGAACACACAUGGGCGGGAGGUGUGUCGGGUCGCGAGGUCAUGGAUCGGCUCUUCCCUAGGGUCCCGGAGGUGCUGUCAGAGGAUGGUGUGUUCUACCUGGUGGUGGUGAAGGAGAAUAAGCCGCAGGAAGUGGUGGAGGUCAUGUCUGGCUUGGGGUUCGAGGGGGAGUGUGUGCUGUCGAGGGUGACUGGCCCGGAGAAACUGUCGGUCUUGAGGUUUAUGCGCAAGGGGGAGUUUGUGUAAAGGGAGCGGGAUUUUUAUUUAUUUAUACAACUUUGGGGGGGUAUUUUAUUUUUAUUUAUUUUCCUUUAUUUUUGUCCACUUUCUAAAGUAUGUGCGCGAGGGUGUGUGAUAACUUGCCAAGGCUCAUUGCAUUUUCCUCUAUCCAUAAGUAAGGUUUAAGUAAGGUCUUUGUUGCAUUAAGUACAUUAUUUUUAGAUCAGGUCAGGUCAGGUCAGGGCAACACUAUAUUAAUUUUUUUCUUUCUUACACUGGUGAUAGGCUGUGUGACAACUUCCCAAGACUCAUUACAUUUCUCUCUAUUCAUACGUAAGGUCUCUGUUGCGUUAAGUACAUUAUUUUUAGAUCAGGUCAGGUCAGGGCAACACUAUAUUAAUUUUUUUCUCUCUUACGCUGAUGAUAGGCUGUGUGACAACUUCCCAAGACUCAUUACAUUUCUCUCCAUACGUAAGGUCUCUGUUGCAUUAAGUACAUUAUUUUUAGAUCAGGUCAGGUCAAUGCAGCACUAUGUUCAUUUUUUUCUUUCUUAUGCCGGUGAUAGGCUGUGUGACAACUUCCCAAGACUCAUUACAUUUCUCUCCAUACAUAAGGUCUUUGUUGCGUUAAGUACAUUAUUUUUAGAUCAGGUCAGGUCAGGGCAACACUAUAUUAAUUUUUUUCUUUCUUACGCUGAUGGUGGUCUUUCAUGGGGUGCCUGGUGGGCAGCCUCAGCAAGUGUUAAUAAUGGUACCAUCAUCUUGCUUCUCUCAUCCUGUCCCAUGGAACUCAUCACUGAUCCUCUUGUCUAGGGAGAGAAUCUAGAGUCCAGGUUGAUAUAUGGUCUUCAGGACAGCAUGUGGGUAGUCUUGGGCCACUUGGCAGUAACUGAACACUGGCACCCACACACAGACCACUCAGCCACACACAGACCAUUGCAUUAAGUACAUUAUAUCGAUGUACUUCCAUUCCCUCUCAGUUACACAACACUGUCAGGUAAUCAUCACAUUAACUACAUUAUAUUUAAAUCUACCUUUAAUUUCUUUCCCUUUCAAUUAGGCAAACACUAAAUCAGGUUACCAUUGCAUUAAGUACAUUAGAUUGACAUACUUUCCCUCUCAAUUACAUAAUAUUAAGUCAGGUAUUCAUCACAUUAACUACAUUAUAUUUAAGUCUACUUUUCUUACCUUAGACCCAGAGAGAGAGAGAGAGAGAGAGAGGGAGGUCGCUGUAGUGAGGGUGUUAGCCAUAGGGACAAUAGAUUACUGUAUACAUUAAAAAGUUUAUUUUCGAGUAAUACAUCAAAUUGUUAUACAUACAUACAUACAUACUAAUUAAUGUGUAGGAAUACCAAUGUGAUUUAAAUAAGGUGGAAUGCAUGUGUGUGUGUGUGUGUGUGUGUGUGUGUGUGUGUGUGUGUGU